AUGGAACAGCAAUUUACAUCAGAUUCGAAUAAAAAUGAAGGAAGAGAACCACUUCCAUUGAUCGAUGGUAUACGAUGGGUACCUGGAUGGAGCUUAGAAAAUCUUCGUUUCGCUCUGUCUUAUCAAGCCAGACCAGAUGACAUUUUCAUAGUAACUUAUCCGAAAAGUGGAACAACAUGGAUGCAAAACAUUGUGUAUAAUCUUCAGACGAAUGGGCAACCUUUUGAUACGAAUAGAGAUCACUUUUUUAGGCAAAACCCACAUCUAGAGAUUGAUGGUGAAACUAGUAUAGAAAUAAUGCAGCGACCAGCCGCAAUUAAAACUCAUUUACCAAUGGAUCGAGUGCCAUACCAUCCACUAGCCAAAUAUAUCUGUGUUGCCAGUUUCAUCAAUAUCACCUUGAACGAUGAAUUACUAGGGAAAGUAAUGAAACAUUCAUCAUUCGAUUAUAUGAAAGAUAAAUUUGAUGUUGAACGACGAAUAUUCACAGAAAACAGUAUUAAGAAAAUGGAAGAUAAAAUAGAAGCUGCAAAACGACAUGAAGCAUUCGCGAAACUUUCAGAAGUGAAAUUCGUACGUAAGGGAAAAAUAAACGAUUGGAAAUCCAUGAUGACACCAGAACAAAGUGGCCGAAUUUAUGAUCGUUUUAUGAUCCUUUGCAAAGAAUGCGAAGGCUUGGAGAACUAUUGGUCAAAGUGGAAUAUCUUUUAA